AUGAAAAAACUAACAAAGAGCAUCUUUGCAAACAAUAAGAAACUAUUCUCGAAUCAAAUUAGAUUCGUUAGAACUGAAUUGGUUACAGAGAAUGCAGAGAGGUAUGAGAAGGAGGUACAGAAAACACUCAAAGGAGAUGUUGCCAAAACCUUUGCAGAUUUUGAUGGAUGGAAUGAAACUGUAGGGUCAUCGAGUGAGGCAAUCAUAAAGGCCGAACGUUCUGAGCAAGUGAAGAAUGCACCAAUUGAAGAACUUCAAAAGCAAACCAUUGAAAUCCUUCAUGAAAGAGAGGAAAAGAAACAAUUUCCAUUUGAUCAAUAA